AUGUCUUCAUCACUUAAUACUCUGGGCGCAGCGUCAGAGGACCGCAAGGCCCGACUUGCUGCCCUCAGAAAUCUCAAGCGAAAAAAGCCCGAUGACGACGAAGAGCCUGCUGCACCAGAACCAGCAGCAGACGAGUCGGCCUCAGCAACUCCAGAAGCAGAUGUCUCCCGGUUACAUCUGUCCGGGCGAAACUAUGAUCCGGAAACAAGAGGCCCGAGAUUGGGAUUUGACUUGGCACCAAACGAGGGCCUGGACAAACCCACAUUAGAAGAGCUGGCCGCCGAUGUCGAAUCGCAAGCCAGACAACAAGCCGCCGAGGAGGCACAAAACGAUAAAGGACUGGAUCUGUUUAAGCUGCAACCGAAGAAGCCCAAUUGGGAUCUGAAACGAGGCCUGGAAUCGAAAAUGGACAUUCUUAACGUUCGGACGGAUAAUGCGAUUGCGCGACUGGUGCGGGACCGGAUAUCUGGCGCUCAAAAGGCAGCGGCGAAAUCAACGGCAGUAGACACCGCAAAGCUUGACGGCGAUGCUGUGGGCAUGGAUGGAGUUGCUCUCGUGGAAGGCUUGAGGGUUAGGGAGCAAGAAGAGGAGGAGGAGGAGAGGAGGGAGCGAGCAGAGGACGAGGCUCUUUUGGCGUGA